AUUUAAACGAGUAGAACAAACGAUCGGAAACAGCAACAAAAGCUGAGCUUAAAAAAAAAGAAAUAAAAAAUUAAAUCAUUUUCAUAAAAUUUGCUUUAAAAAUGAAGUGUUAAGCAGAAUAAAUUAGAAAAAAGGAUAAUUUAAAAAAAUAAAAAGAGACUUGCGAGUCUCAAAGUCCUGGAAAAAGGACGAAUAUUAAGAUCAACUAAUAAAAGCAAAGAAAACCUGAAAUCACUUAAAAUUCUUGUAAACUUAGCUUCUUUCACCAAAGAACUCCUUACAAAUCUCCAAAUAUCUCAAAGAAUAUUAAACAAAAAAAGAUCUCAAGCAAAAAAAAAACUCACAAAAUGUCUUUCAAACUUAAUGUCGAUGAAGUGCGUACAAAUUUACAACGUUUCGGCUGGCCCGACUAUUUAGUGUUUAUACUAAUGCUGGCCAGUUGUGCCCUAAUCGGCAUAUAUUUCGCCUUAAAAAUGCGUAAAAAAUCACAGCAAAAUACAGAAUUAAGUAAUAAAGAUGCUGAAGAUGAUUAUCUAGUGGGUGGACGUAAAAUGACAAUAUUUCCCAUAACCAUGUCAUUGAUAUCAAGCUUUAUUUCCGGUAUUACUUUGCUGGGCACCCCUACCGAGGUGUAUUUGUAUGGCACCCAAUAUUUGUAUAUCAUUGGAUCUAUGAUCACUAUGGGCUUUCUUAUGCAUUAUUUGUAUUUGCCUGUGUAUCAUGAACUGAAAUUAAUAUCCACCUAUCAGUAUUUAGAGUCACGUUUCGAUAGAAAAGUUAGAUUAUUUGGUUCUAUACUAUUCAUAUGCGGCACGAUGCUGUGGCUUCCCAUUGUGAUAUAUGUGCCAGCUUUGGCUUUUAAUCAAGCCACGGGAGCCAAUAUACAUUUCGUCACUCCAAUGGUGUGUUUGGUUUGUAUAUUUUAUACCUGUGUGGGCGGUUUAAAAGCUGUGGUUUGGACUGAUGUCAUACAAACCUUAAUUAUGUGUGGUGCCAUGGUUUUGAUCAUGAUCAAGGGUACCAUAGAUAUAGGCGGUCCAGGCGUAGUAUUUCAAAAGGCUUUGGAAAGUGGCAGAAUAGAACCACCUAACUUUACCUUUGAUAUCACCGAACGUUAUACGGUUUAUUCGUUGGUUAUUGGUGGUGUGCCUCAUUGGCUUAAAUCGAAUGCUAUUAAUCAGAAUAUGAUUCAACGUUAUUUGUCUUUGCCAACUUUGAAAAAAGCUCAAAGUGCCAUCUGGUAUUUUAUAUUGGGUGUUUUAAUCUUCUUGGUGAUUUGUGGUUAUAGUGGUCUACUGAUCUAUGCCACCUACUCGGAUUGUGAUCCUUUGGAAACUAAGCUGGCCAAACGCAAUGAUCAAUUGUUGCCUCUCCUGGUCAUGGAAACUUUGGGAGAUUUACCUGGUCUACCAGGUCUCUUCGUGGCUGGGGUAUUCUCAGCCGCCUUAUCCUCCCUCUCCACCGGUCUUAACUCUAUGUCUGCUGUCAUUUUAGAAGAUUUUUUCAAAAUGUUUUCACGCAAACCUUUAACCAAAAGACAAACCUCCUAUAUCAUGCGUAUAGUGGUGGUAGUAUUUGGUUUUCUUUGUGUGGGACUAGUAUUUGUGGUGGAGCAAUUGGGCACAGUAUUGCAGCUAAGUAUAACACUAUCAUCGGUGGCCAAUGGUCCUCUUUUGGGUAUAUUUACUUUAGGGGUAAUGUUACCUUGGGUGGGAGAAAUUGGCGCCUUAGUGGGCGGCUGUACAGGUCUUAUAUUCAUGGCCUGGAUGUGUAUUAAAGCUCAAUUGGAUAAAAUUAGUGGCGCUGUAGUUUAUGUGCGUAAACCUUUUACCACUUUGGGUUGUAAUUAUACUUUCCCCGAUAUGGCUGCCUUAAAUUUGGUGGCGGAAAAUGUUACUGAAACUCUUGAAGAGGCCAGUGAUGUGCCCUUUAAAAUCUAUAACAUUUCCUAUCUCUACUAUACCAUGGUGGGUGCUGUUAUCACUAUUGCCGUGGCUACAAUAGUAAGCUUUUGUUUAGGUUUCAAUAGUGUAAAUCGUGUGGAUCCUAAACUUUUGUCACCCUUUGUAAGACGUUGGCUAGAGCGCCGUAAAUUGCAAAAAUCAGUGGUUUCCACUUCUACACACCCCAAACUGACAAAUGGCAAUUUCAAAACGAUACAGGAAACAAAAACGUAAUUUUUUUAUUUUUUAUUAUUUAAGAAAUAUUUUAGUUAAUUUAGUUUUAAUUGUUUUUGUAAUAUGUAUUCGAGUUCCUUUUAUUGCAAAAAAAUAUAUUUAUUAUAAGAAGAAGAGAAACUUUGAAAUAAACUAUGUUAGUUUAAAGUUAAUUAGUUUAAGAUUUUAUAAAUAUUUAAGCAAAAAAAAAAAAAAGAAAAAAAAUAAGAAAAUAUUUGUAUGUAUACUAGAAAGCUUAAAAAUAUAAGCUUUCAAAGCUUUUAUAAGUAAAUAAACUUAUUUUAAGGUAUUAAUAAUUCGA